AUGCAAGCCCCAGCAGCAGGGCCAGCCAAGGGCAAAGCCAAAGGCAGCGCCCGCACGCAUGCCGGAGCCGCAGCGGCCGACGAUGGCUCGUCGCGAGUGGCUCACACGCUGACGGCAUGCUCACGGUGCAGACAGCGCAAGACACGAUGCGACCCUGGCCUGCCGCGCUGCGGACCCUGCGAGCGAACAAACUCGGUCUGCGAGUACUGGGACCCGGCCAAGGGCAAGAACGUCAACCGCGACUAUGUCAUCUACCUGCAGCAGCGCGUGCGCCAACUCGAACUGGAGCUGGAGAAGGCCGACAACGACGAGGGUCACGACGACCCCGAGGUCAUGGUGCGCAGCGGCGCCGGCGUCAAGCUGCAAGAGCACGACGAGACCAAGUUCCUGGGGCCCUCGAGCGGCACCCAGAUCACGCGCCUGGUCAUGCAGCUGGCCAAACACUUUACCGACUCCAAGUCCAUCAAGGAGAUUGUCAACGAGACCAAGGCCCGCCAGGUCAAGGCCCUCUACGCCGAGGAGGCCACCAAGCCCACCUCCAAGAUCUACCCCCUGACCAGUGAUGUCGCCGCCGAAGACCUGCCCAACCGCGGCCUGACCGACCUCCUGAUCCAGCUGUACAACCUCAAGGUCCAGCCCAUGUAUCCCGCCCUCCACGAGCCGUCGUUCGCCAAAGACGUCGACGUCGUCUACAAUGGCAGCCCGGACCCCUAUCAGAACUACAUUGUCCGCAUGGUCAUUGCCAUCAGCCUGCAAAAGAUGGAUACUCAGUACGCCGGUCUCGCCGACAGCUACUACCUGGCCGCCCUCCAAUACCUUACCCCCGUCAUUCGACCCAUGAACCUGAGAACCCUACAAGCUUUCGCCUUGAUUGCCGAGUACUCGUUGCUUACCCCUACUCGCACUGCCAUCUACUAUGUCAUGGGUCUUGCCGUCCGCCUCGCUCAAUCCCUGGGUAUCAACGAAGAGCGUACCAUCACUCGCACCGCAUCUGGCGGCACCGCCGACUGUCUCGAGGUUGACAUGCGUCGCCGCCUUUUCUGGUGCACCUUUGUCAUGGAACUUGGUCUGUCACAUGCUCUCGGCCGCCCAUCCAUACUCGCUACGCAUCAAGACCAUAUUGAUGUCGAAUUCUUUGAGGCUGUCAGCGACGAAUACAUCACUCCUGAAGGCAUUCUUCCAGGCGCCCCUAGGCCAAAUCUCAAAAAGUGGAUCGCCAUCCAUUUCUUCAAGAUGCGUAUGUUACAACUUGAGAUCCGAAGAAAGCUGUAUCAGAAGAAGAGAGCUACUCCAAAAGACGACAAGGACAUUUGGUUCUUGCAGAUGAAUGCAAAACUCGAAUCCUGGAGGGAUGCCAGUCCGACCAAGGACGAGGGCAGUGGUCUCAACAAAGUUUGGUUUGUUGGCAGAUACAACACCAUGGUUGUUUUCCUAUACAGGCCCUCACCGCAAGUACCCAAACCAUCCGUCUCGGCUGCCUUGAAGGUCUUCGAAGCCUGCCGCUACAACAUCUACCUUCAGCGAGAGCAGAUAACUAUGGGCAACGUUGAUCUGACAUGGAUCUUUACACAAGCAAUCUUCAUGGCCAUCAACGCUCUGUUGUGGUCGCUGUCAUUCGCUGAGGUGCGCAAGCAAAAUCCCAGACAAGAUGUCCAGAAACAUCUCCAGACUGCAAUGGAAGCUAUCAGGCUUGGCUCAGAGCGUUGGCCAGGCGUCUUGUCAGCCAUUGAGCUUUAUCAUGAUCUUAUCUCGGCCAUCUUGAAGGCCUAUGACAAAGACGGAGACAUUCCUCUACAGGAAGCGACUCCUUCUGACAGUGCUUCUCCUGCUGGAAACUCAUACUCGCCAAACAUGAGUCAUUCGCGAGGUGCAAGCCCGGGAACCAUCUCCACUGUUUCCAUCGCCACUCCUCCAGAGAGGAUCCCCUCAUUUGGCACAUUCCAAAGCACGAGUGUCGAACAUCCUCCGCCAAUGCCGUACCAAACCUCCGACCAUCCUGUUGUGACGCCUCCUGUUUAUCAGAAUGCUCAAGGACCACAGUCCAUUCCCCGAAUCAAUGGCCCAGAGAUCUCCCCCAGCGCGUAUCAAACGGCACAAGCUAACAACUCAUCAUCAUACUUCCAACGUCUCCCCGCCAACUUCCCAGAACUGCCGCAACAGUCCCACUGGGACAGUCAAUACCCACCUCCAGCCCAGAGAGGAGGCUCCGAUUCCUAUAGUCCAUAUGGCCCAUCUCCUGCUGGUAGCGGCCUGGCACCGCCAACUUCUUACCCAGCUUCUUCACCACUUUAUGGCUCGGGAGGUGCGGCUCAACAGACGGCAGAGAAUAUGAUGGCUAACCCUGGCUUCUGGGGACAAGACAUGUCACAAUUUGGAGCUGGCUUGGACCAUGCCCAACAAACCGAGCUCAUGCACUCGUUAGAGACGUCUGGCAUGGAGGAUAUUCAGCACAUGAUUACCAACACCAUGCGCGCAUUUGGCCAAAGACCACAGAAUGGUUGA